AUGGUGGAGGAGGUGGCUGGUCGCAAGGGAUUCCCUCAUGUGAUUUACGCUCGUCUUUGGAGGUGGCCUGAUCUUCAUAAAAAUGAACUCAAGCAUGUUAAAUAUUGUCAGUAUGCUUUUGACUUAAAAUGUGACAGUGUCUGUGUAAAUCCUUACCAUUAUGAGCGUGUAGUAUCACCUGGCAUCGAUCUCUCAGGAUUGACACUACAGAGUUCAACUCCAUCAAGCAUGUUGGUGAAAGAUGAAUAUGUUCAUGACUACGAGGGGCAGCCGUCUUUGUCAUCUGCUGAAGGCCACUCAGUCCAAACCAUCCAGCAUCCGCCAAGUAACAGAGCAUCUACAGAGCCUUACAGCACCCCAGCCAUGUUAGCUCCUGCUGAGGCCAGCACUACCAGCACCACUAACUUUCCCAACAUUCCUGUGGCUUCAACAAAUAGUACUACAACUUGGACUGGAAGUCGGACGGCAGCCUACACACCUACCAUACCUCACCACCAGAAUGGCCAUCUUCAGCACCAUCCACCUAUGCAUCCUGGACAUUACUGGCCAGUUCACAAUGAACUUGCAUUCCAGCCUCCUAUAUCAAAUCAUCCUGCUCCAGAAUAUUGGUGUUCAAUCGCAUACUUUGAAAUGGAUGUGCAAGUUGGGGAAACAUUUAAGGUUCCUUCAAGCUGUCCAAUUGUUACUGUUGAUGGAUACGUGGAUCCGUCUGGAGGAGACCGUUUUUGCCUGGGCCAGCUUUCCAAUGUGCACAGAACAGAAGCCAUUGAGCGAGCGAGGUUGCACAUAGGUAAAGGAGUGCAGCUGGAGUGCAAAGGAGAAGGUGACGUGUGGGUGAGGUGCCUAAGUGACCACGCAGUCUUUGUCCAGAGCUACUACCUGGAUAGAGAAGCAGGGCGGGCACCAGGCGAUGCUGUUCACAAGAUUUACCCAAGUGCAUAUAUCAAGGUUUUUGAUUUACGACAGUGUCACCGUCAGAUGCAACAACAGGCUGCCACUGCCCAAGCUGCUGCUGCUGCUCAGGCUGCAGCAGUAGCAGGAAACAUCCCUGGACCAGGAUCAGUAGGUGGAAUAGCCCCAGCCAUUAGUUUGUCAGCUGCUGCUGGAAUUGGUGUAGAUGACCUUCGACGCUUGUGCAUUCUCAGGAUGAGUUUUGUAAAAGGUUGGGGACCUGAUUACCCAAGGCAGAGCAUCAAAGAGACACCCUGCUGGAUUGAAAUCCACUUGCACCGGGCCCUGCAGCUUCUCGAUGAAGUUCUCCACACCAUGCCGAUUGCAGACCCACAACCUUUAGACUGAGAUCCCUCUGCUGCAUUGCUGUGGGCCAUUAUAUUGUGAAGAUGGUGGAUUGUAAAAUACAAUUCUGUUUAUAACCUAAAGAUAUAUUUUACCUUUGUUCUGCUUAAUCUUCUAAAACCAGGUUUUAAAAAUGUGUUUGCCACCUUGCUCUUAGCAGAAAGUAAUUGAACAUGCAGAAGUUGGAUUUUGGUUAUUUUCAGAAAUUAACUGUCAUAAUAUAUGGCUCAGGGCUUAAAGUAAAGGGCGAAUGCCUUAUAGAGACUUCACAGUACUGGAUUUGUUCCCUUUGAAGCUUUUCCUCUCUAUCAUGGCAACUUGAUGCUAAGCCUCACAGGAGCCUUUUGUAUGCAGAAUAUAUAUUAUAUAUAUAUAUUUAUAUCUGAAAAUUCCUUCUAAUAGUUAUAAACACUUACCUUAUAGCAACUUUUAAAUUUCAACUGAUGUUCUUUUUGGAGAACAAGAGUUAACAGAAGACUUCAUUUUGUUGACCGUCUUGUUAUGAUUUUUUCCAGAUUAAAAGGUAGAAGUUGCCAAAAAAGAGGGAUGAGACAUACAUUGUUUGGCAAUGAUGAGAAAUAAAAAGGAAAAGAAAGUUGCUUUUCCUUCGCUAGUUUUUAAAAGGAUAUCUUAGAUUUUUAUUUAUAUAGACACGUGAGUUUUGAAACACUAAAACGAAUGGGAUACUUUCAGUGCUGGCACUCAGUUUAAAUAUAACAAGAAAUACCCAGUCUGCAAAGUUGCCACUUAAAUUGCUUAACGAAUACCUAAUGGCAGGAAGAUAUUUUCAUAAUUACUACUGACUUCUAUGAUCUUAUUCAAGUAAAACUUGGAAGGUAUUUUAAAAAGUUGCAUGACUCUUUACUUGCAUAUACCAUUAAAUCAUGUAUCAAUACUUAGGAUCCAGUUUUUGUAUCUGUUCACCAUUUCCACUCAGGGCAAGAUGGCAAACUUGUUUUUAUACCUCUUGGUUAUUUUAAGCUCUAUGCCAUCAAAGACUGUAUCAAUUGGCAAUGACUUUGUAUAGAGAUUUUAUAGUAGAAAAAAACUGCAGAUGUACUGACUGUAUGACAGCUACAAUAUGUAUGCUUUCUCUCUAGUUAAUAGUAUAAAUAAAAUUAUGUAAACCCUGA